CGGCGGAGGGCGGGGCGAGCGAGGGAAGCCCGCCGGCGCGGGACGGCGGUCGCGGCCUGAUGACGUCGCACAAUGGCCGGCCCCCGCGGGUAGUGGAGCCCGUUUGUUCCGCCCGCGUCGCGCCCCUGGCCGGAGCCUGUGAGGAGCGGAAGGGCCGAGGCGCGUCUUCUCGGCGUCCCCCCGAGCCCCGGAGCCGCGGCCUCGUCCCCGCCCUCGCGCUGAGAACGGUGGGCACCGAUGGACGUGGCCGAGAGCCCCGACCGGGACCCGCGCUCACCAGAGGACGAGGAGGAGGAGCAGCCGGGUCUGUCAGAUGAUGACAUUCUGCGGGAGAGCGGGUCGGAACAGGAUGCGGAUGGAGCCGGAGGGCGGGCUUCAGACCUGGAGGAGGAGGAGGAGAGCCGCUCUGAGGAGGAGGAUCAGGAGCAGAGCGGGGGCCCCGCGAGCCCCCCACGCGUGCAGGAGGGGGACCCCGGGGAGGAGGACCGCGCCAGCGACCUGAGGGACGAAGCUUCCUCAGUCACGCGGGAGCUAGACGAGCAUGAGCUGGACUAUGACGAGGAGGUCCCCGAGGAGCCCGCGCCCGUGGUGCAGGAGGAAGAGGCGGAGGACAAGGGGGACAGUGCUCCUGGGGAGCAGGGCCCAGCCGCAGCCCCAGACGCAACUGAGCAGGAGCCCGCAGAGGUGGGCAAGGAGAAGAAGAAGGAGGACGAUGACGGCGAGAUUGAUGACGGCGAGAUUGACGAUGACGACCUGGAGGAGGGGGAAGUAAAGGACCCCAGUGACAGGAAGGUGAGGCCUCGCCCCACCUGCCGCUUCUUCAUGAAAGGGAACUGCACCUGGGGCAUGAACUGCCGGUUCAUCCACCCCGGUGUCAACGACAAAGGCAACUAUUCCCUCAUCAGCAAGGCCGAGCCCUUCCCACCGAACGGCGCCCCACCUCUGGGACCUCACCCGCUGAUGCCCACCAACCCCUGGGGUGGGCCAGUGGUUGAUGAAAUUUUGCCUCCACCCCCUCCAGAACCUCCAACAGAGAGUGCCUGGGAGCGAGGACUCCGGCAUGCAAAGGAGGUCUUAAAAAAAGCCACAAUCCGGAAGGAGCAGGAGCCAGACUUUGAGGAGAAGAGGCUCACGGUGACGAUCGGGGAGGACGACCGAGGCUUCGACAAAGAGAACGAGGCUGUCCGCGACUGGGCCUGCCGGCUCUCGAGGGACACCCGCGACCCUGUACUCGAGCCAUACGCGGAUCCCUACUACGACUACGAGGUGGAGCGGUUCUGGCGUGGCGGCCAGUACGAGAACUUCAGGGUGCAGUACACGGAGGCGGAGCCCUACCACACCUACCGGGAACGGGAGCGGGAACGCGAGCGAGACACCCGUCAGCGGGAGCGCGAGCGAGAACGCGAGCGGGAGCGGGAGCGGGAGAGGCGACAGCGGGAGCGUGAGCGGGAGCGAGAGCGUGACCAGGAGCGGCAGCGAAGGAAGGAGGAGUGGGAGCGUGAGCGCGCCAAGCGGGACGGGAAGGACCGGCAGCACCGCGACCGUGACCGCGACAAGGAGCGGGAGAAGGAGAAGGAGAAGCCAAAGGCCCGCUCCCCACAGCCCCCCAGCCGCCAGGCGGAGCCACCAAAGAAGGAAGCCACCUCCACGGGGCCGCAGGUGAAGCGGGCGGAUGAGUGGAAGGACCCCUGGCGCCGGUCCAAGUCUCCCAAGAAGAAGCUUGGGGUGUCAGUCUCCCCGAGCCGGGCACGGAGGCGUCGGAAAACCUCAGCCUCGUCAGCCUCUGCCUCCAACUCCUCCAGGUCGUCAUCGAGGUCCUCGUCCUACUCGGGCUCUGGCUCGUCCCGCUCCCGCUCCUCGUCCUACAGCUCCUACUCCAGCCGCUCCUCCCGCCGCAGCUCCUUCUCAGGCAGCCGCUCCAGGUCCCGAUCCUUCUCCUCAUCCCCGUCCCCAUCCCCCACGCCUUCCCCACACCGACCUGUCAGAACCAAGGGCGAGCUGGCGCCCCCUCCUGGGAAAGCAGGAGAGAAGUCAGUGAAGAAACCAGCCCCGCCUCCAGCACCGCCACAGGCCCCCAAAACCACUGCUCCUGCCCCAGAGCCCACCAAGCCCGGGGACCCUCGGGCAGCCCGGAGAAAGGAGCGGCAGGCCCGGAGCCCCCCGCGGAGGCGGACCGUGAGCGGCAGUGGCAGCAGCUACAGUGGCUCCAGUUCCCGAUCCAGGUCCCUGAGUGUCAGCAGUGUGUCCUCGGCGUCCAGCGGCACGUCCAGCAGCAGCUCGGCGCAUAGCGUGGACUCAGACGACAUGUAUGCAGACCUGGCCAGUCCCGUGUCCUCAGCUAGCUCACGCUCUGCCACCACAGCGCAGCCCAGGAAGGACAAAGGGAAGUCUAAAAAGGAAGAUGGGGCGAAGGAGGACAAGCGGAAACGGGACCCGUCCUCGCAGGCGUCCAAGUCCUCGAGGCCAGGGGCCAGCAGCCGGCCCUCCCAGCAGCCCGCUGCUCCCCAGCAGACGCCCCCCGGGCAGCCCCAGCAAAGCGCCUUCAUGGCACACAAGGAGAUCAAGUUGACGCUUCUGAAUAAGGCCACUGAGAAGGGGGGCAGGAAGCGCUACGAGACUUCGGACAAAGACAGGCAGAGCCCUCCUGCCAAGCGGGCCAACGUCUCCCCUGAGCGAGGCUCUCGGGACCGGAAGUCCAGUGGGAGACCCGGCUCCCCGAAGCCAGAGCGGCAGAGGGGUCAGAACUCCAAAGCACCCCCGGCCCCGGCUGACAGGAAGCGUCAGUUGUCUCCUCAAUCCAAGAGUUCCAGCAAAGUCACCAGCGUGCCCGGCAAAGCCUCCGAGGGCGGCACUGCAGCCAGCGGCCCCAAAGGCGGCAAGGCCAGCACACUGUCGCGGCGCGAGGAGCUGCUGAAGCAGCUCAAGGCCGUGGAGGACGCCAUUGCGCGCAAGCGGGCCAAGAUCCCCGGGAAGGUGUAGCCACCUGCACGGCUCGAAGCCGGUGAGCACAGCCGUCGGGAUUUGCGAUUAAUGUCGUAUUUGGCUGUGAUUCUUUUUAAAAAUUAAAAAAAAAAAAACAAAGUUUCUCAGCUGGAAAAGAAGCCCCAGGUGACGAUGGUGCCGUGGCCGGUGGCCUGCAGCCCCCUCAGCCGCCGGAACCCGGGGCCUGCCCUGCUCGUGGCCUUGUCUGAGCCCCCAAGCGCUUCCCGAGCUCCUGGCAGCUCCUUUCCUCGCCGACCCAGGAUCAAACGGAUGUAUAUUCUUGACUCAAGUCUGAUCGGGACACAUUUCCUGUCUUUUACUUUAAGCAUCAAAUUGUUUUAGUUGAUCUAAAAAGGAAAAAAAUACAGGGGGAUAAAAGGCGGGAGACGCUGUGGGCGCCUGCACCUCGUCUUUCCCUGAGGGUCUCCUAAAUAAACUAUUUUGA